CUCAAUCACCUCCUGCCCGAUUGUCCCUCUUCAUCACGCCGAAGUACUAGAGUCCUCUGUCGCCAUCGAAGCGAAGCCGCCACUCUGUUUUUACGUCUCUUCAAUUUACCCAAUCCAUUUAGGACAAUGCCUCCCCCGUUGGGCGACCAUUCAGAUGACGAAUCGACCGGCGAAUCGAUUCCCUUCAACGACGCCAAAGAGAUCGAGCAGACUAACAACAAGGCCGAGGAAAGCGCUGGGGAUGACGAGGAUGACGGAGAUGACGAUGAGGAGGGCGUCUACAUCGUCGAGAAAAUUGUCGGUCACGAAUGGGCCAAGAAUGGCUCCCUUCUCCUCACGGUGAAGUGGAAGGGGUACGAUGACCCCGUGGACCAAACGAUGGAGCCGGAAGAGAACCUACUGGAGGGCGCCGAGGAAGUGGUGAAGGAGUAUUUCAAGAGUCUGGGAGGUCGACCAACGAAGCCACAAGCGCAAGGCCGAAAGCGCAAGUCGAUGACCGCAGCAAAACCAACACCCGAGAAGACAGAGCCCAAGAGGCGCAGGAAAUCGCAAGCUGAUGCUGCCGCCGAAGCAACCGACGACUCCGAUGCGAUGAAAUGGGUACCGAAGUCCAAGAGUUGGGAAGCUGAGGUUGAGAACGUCGACACUAUCAUGCGCGACCCGGAGACCUCGAAAUUGAUCGCUUAUCUCCAAUGGAAGAAUGGCAAGAAGUCUAAGGUUUCCAUUGAAUCUUGCUAUGAUAAGUGCCCGAAAAAGGUGAGCUCCACAUCUUUCAUAUAGAGGGGGCAUCGACUGACAUUUAGGAAGAUGCUGAAGUUCUAUGAGCA